ACAGCUUCUUCUUUCCCAUAAUGCUCAGCGAGCAUCACCACCAAGAUGGCCGACGCAAUGGAGGAAUACGAGAAAGAAGCUGGCUGCGUCCCUAUUCUCCAUCCCGAGGAAAUUAAACCCCAGAGUCACUACAACCAUGGCUACAGCGAGAAUGUGAGCCGUAAAAACCACGUGGAUGAUUACAGCACCUGGGACAUUGUCAAAGCCACACAGUACGGUAUCUUCGAGCGCUGCAGGGAGUUGGUGGAGGCGGGCUUCGACGUUCGGCAGCCAGACAAAGAAAAUGUAACACUCCUCCACUGGGCCGCCAUCAACAACAGGAUAGAUUUGGUCAAGUAUUACAUAUCAAAGGGAGCCAUAGUUGACCAGCUAGGAGGAGACCUCAACUCCACACCUUUGCACUGGGCCACGAGACAAGGCCAUCUAUCCAUGGUGGUGCAGCUCAUGAAAUAUGGCGCGGACCCAUCUUUGAUUGAUGGCGAGGGCUGCAGCUGUGUUCAUCUGGCUGCCCAGUUCGGUCACACUUCGAUUGUGGCUUACCUCAUUGCUAAAGGACAGGAUGUUGACAUGAUGGAUCAAAACGGCAUGACUCCUCUCAUGUGGGCAGCUUACAGGACACACAGGUACAUGUUUAUACAGCCGACGUGGGUGGAAAUAUGCAGCUCAUCUUUUGUCAUUUAUCAGGGCGAAACGCCGCUGGACCUCGCCAAGCAAAGGAAGAACGUUUGGAUGAUCAAUCACUUACAGGAAGCGCGRCAGGCCAAAGGUUACGACAGCCCCUCCUACCUGAAAAGACUGAAGAUGGAUAAGGAGUUCAGGCAGAAGGUGAUGCUGGGAACGCCGUUUGUCGUCAUCUGGCUCAUCGGUUUCGUCGCCGACCUGGACGUCGACUCCUGGCUCAUCAAGGGCGUCAUGUACGCCGGCGUCUGGGUGGCUGUGCAGUUCCUCUCGAAGGCUUUUUUCGACCACUCCAUGCACAGCGCCCUGCCUCUCGGAAUCUACCUAGCAACCAAGUUUUGGAUGUACACCACCUGGUUUUAUUGGUUCUGGAACGAUCUGCCUUUUGCCACGGUCCAUAUCCCCUUCCUGGUCAACAGCCUGGCUUUGUUCUACAACUUUGGUAAAUCCUGGAAGUCUGAUCCAGGAAUUAUUAAAGCAUCAGAGGAACAGAAGAAAAAGACAAUUGUGGAACUGGCAGAGACAGGCAGCCUGGAUUUAAGCAUAUUCUGCAGCACCUGCUUGAUACGGAAGCCCAUUCGCUCCAAACACUGCGCCGUGUGCAACCGCUGCAUCGCUAAGUUCGACCACCACUGUCCCUGGGUGGGGAACUGCGUGGGAAGUGGGAAUCACCGGUACUUCAUGGGUUAUCUGUUCUUCCUGCUCUGCAUGAUCUGCUGGAUGAUGUACGGCUGCGUCGCAUACUGGCGGGUGCACUGCGCUACCAGCUACGCCAAGGAUGGCUUUUGGCUCUACGUGACGCAGAUCGCCUCCUGCUCGCCCUGGAUCUUCUGGAUGUUCGUCAACAGCAUCUUCCACUUCAUGUGGGUGGCCGUGCUGAUCAUGUGUCAGCUCUACCAGAUCGCUGCUCUCGGGAUCACCACCAACGAGAGGAUGAACGCUCGAAGAUACAAGCACUUUAAAGUCACGGCCACGUCCAUCGAGAGCCCCUUCAACCACGGUUGCAUCAGAAACCUGAUAGAUUUCUUCGAGAUCCGCUGCUGCGGCCUGAUCCGACCCGUGACGGUGGACUGGACCACGCAGUACACAAUAGAAUACGACCAGACGUCCGGCUCAGGCUACCAGCUGGUGUGAAGACGGACGGGAAUGAAGAAAGAAAGAGAGGGAGGGGGGAAUAAAAGAGUGGAUGGAUCAUUAAAAGGAAAAAGUUUUGGAGCGACCCCCACCCCCCCCGUCAGCAUUCAUAUCUGUUCUCUGGAACGCUUGUUUUUGGUUUUUAAAAUGUCAGUUUUUAUGUUUGUGGCUCAUCUCUUCACUGCUGAUGAAGACUUUGGGCCAAGAAGCAUGCAGUUACUGGGCGUCCCCCCCACCUGCCCCCUUACUACUAUUACUACUAUUAACCUCCACCAUCAGACACCGCCUCUCCUCUCCUCGGCUUGUUGGACGGUGUUUUGCUGCCAAACGCAAACGGAGAGAGAAAAAAAAGAGGUUUUUCAAAAUAAAAGCUUGUCUGUUCCGGAGUCUCGAAGCUGCUCGGCAUUAUCAAAGAAAACAACGCCGACACCCCCCACCCCCCCCACCCCCCCAAUCUCAUUUAAGGUGCCCCAGCUGAUGAUGUGCUCUUUUUUAAUGAAUCAUGUCAGGACAUUAAAGGAAGAUUAAAGAAACGGUUAUGAUAGGAAUAAGGGAAAGUCCUGUUUUUUUUUAUUUACUUUUUUUUUUUUUUAAACGCUCUCGACUUUUAAAGCGGAGGAUUAGCUGAUUUAUAAGUGUUUUCGCUUCCAGGUGGAGCUGCUGGAGGACUUCCUGCUUCUCCCGCAGGGCUUCCUUCAGCACGUUCCACUGUUAACAUCCUACAGACAAUGUGAUUAUAUUUAUUUUAAAUCUAUUUAUAGAUAAAGUAACUAGAGCAGUCAUUUUUACAUUUCACAUCGUUUUAGCUGAAGAGGUUUUUUUUAAGGAAGCCCGAGAGAACUCCAAGUGGUACAGUGGGUGUAUUUAUUAUGAGAAAUAAGGAAAGUUUACAAAAAAAAAAAACCCUUCAUUCCGAGUGUUUCUCUUUUUGAAGCUGUAAAGUCUUAUUUGUUUUGUCUGCCUACAACAUUGCACUGAUUGUUUUUAUUUUUAAAUUUUCUGUGUGUUUUGAAGAGAAAGCCCAGCAGCUGCGCCUCACACCAACACUUCCAUCAUUUGCAGAAAGGAGGAAAAGUGAACAGAAAAGGGGCGGGGCUUGUUGGACUGUUGUAAAGAAUGUGUAUUUGUACAUAAAACUCAGUUUGCUCCUUUUUAGUCAGUGUUCGUUAAAGAUGCUCCUGGACUUUAAUUUAAUUUAAUUUUUUUUUUUUUUUUUGGGGUUGAAGUUUUCCUUCAACCACAGACAAUAUAAUCCAUGUAUGACUGUAGCUUUUAGUGACGUCCCACUCUGCUGUUUAUAUGCAUUUUGACCUCCGAAGUACCUAAAAACUGCUCCCGACAAACUCCACUGCAUGUACGAUACAUGGGACAAGCUGGGCCUGCCCCCCCACCACACCACCUCAGUUACCACGGUGACAGCCCAGCAAGCCACGUGUCUGUAUAUAGUGAAUGUUAAAUAUAUUUGCAAGUACUUUCCUGCAUUAUGUCCAUAUAUUUUCUUUCGUUUUUUUUUCUCUCCAACUCUUUAAAUCCAGUGUGUUACGUGGAAGUCGUCCUUCGGUUUGCCAGACUGUUUCUCAGCUGGGCCAUCCUGUGCAAGUGUGUAAAUAUAUCUGAAUGUUACAUGCUUGUGGACUUUAUUAUUCGUUUUUUUUAUUGUCAUACAUUGCUGGGUUUGUUAUACCACUGGAUGUACAAAUUGUAAAGCAAAGAUACAACAAAACUAAGGCAAAGGCCUUUUUUUCUUCUUUUUUUCUAAAAGUAGAAAUGUGAUCAUGCAAUAGUUUGAAGGAACGGGAGGUGGUUUAUCUUCUAGAGGCCUCUGAGAUGUUGGGGCUCUUGUGUUUGCAUCGUGGUUCCAUGUUUCUGAGCUCCACUGAYGCCACUGCUGUCAAACGAACACAACUCGCACCACGGUGUAGCAGCUCCACUCAGGAGAAGAAAAGUGUUAUUUCUCCCUGUUGAGACUGAAGUUAAAAUAUUGGCAGAAAAAAAGUGUCUUUUGAGACUAAAGUGGGAAAAGUGAUUGAGCCACUGGGUGAAUUUUAAUGAAACUCAAAAUAAUUAUUAGAUAUAUUUAUAACAAAGUAUUUAUAUAUAUUUAGUUAGUCUCAAAAGAUUUUUUUUUCAACAUUUACCUUUAAUUUUAAUAUUUGGGACUGAGUUUUCCCUGGGUGGUCCUAACAAGCUGCUGAACAUCUGGCCUGGUCCUGGUUGUGUUUCAUAUCUGACCUCUUCAGUUUGAAUAAUGCCUUCUAAUGUGAGCUUCGUUUCCUAUAGGCUGAUGUUUUGGGUUUUCAGGGGCUCAUUCAGGACUUCAUUUCAUUUCAGAACCUUUUCAGUCCGCAGUAGUUCUUCCAGCAGCUCGUCCUCUCGCCCUCACCGUGUCAAAUAUUAGAAGGAACUAAAAAAAUAAAGCACAUAAUCAUCUCCAGUGCCUCUCUGCCCACCUCCAGACACCACUGUAACUCCGCUUCAGAUGUAAACAUGGGCAUGGUUCAGUUUUAAUGGCUUUAAUAAUAAAAUCCAGUCAAACGUCA